AUGGGAGUUCCCUCAUUCUACAAAUGGUUGGUGGAGAAGUACCCAAAGAUAGUUUGUUCAAACUAUAUCAAUGACUGUGACAAUAAUGACAACAACAACAACAACAAUAACAACAACAAAAAGAAGUUGAGAUUCAACAACCUAUAUAUCGAUAUGAAUGGAGUGAUUCAUAACUCAACACAUAGCAAUGCUGAUCCAACAAUGCUUACAAAGAUCGUCACGGACGAAUCAGUCAGAGUCGGACUGUUCAAGAGGUUGGAUGACAUCAUCAACACUGCAAAUCCAACAAACGUACUAUACAUUGCCAUCGAUGGUGUACCCCCACGUGCCAAGGCAAUCGAGCAGAGGAAACGUCGUUUCCGCUCAGCAAAGGAUGUAAAGGAUGCCCUUUCCAAACGACCAGCAACCGAUGCCCCAGUCGACCUCGAAAAUGUGUUUGAUCCAAACUGUAUCUCGCCCUCCACCGAGUUCAUGACCAGAGUUAACGAGUGGAUGCAGCACUAUGCCUCCACCAUUGCUAAGCGAUACUCUGAUCUGACCAUCAUCGUCUCUGACUCUACUGUGCCUGGCGAAGGUGAGCACAAGAUCAUGGACUUUAUCCGCAAAAACACCAAGCUAUGGCCACAGGACACCUCACACCUCUUCUAUGGAAUGGACGCCGAUCUCAUCUUCCUCGGACUGUCCACACACCUGCGACACUUCUUUGUUCUGCGUGAUCUCUCUAGUCUGACCUCGUGUGGCACUUGCAAAGAGCCUGGUCAUGCAUCCUACGAAUGUCAGUCGGCGUUGGCAAAGAAAAGGUUGAUACAAUUUGAGAAGUCCAACAAGAUCACCAUUAGGAAUCUGCCCAUACAGGUGGACGAACAGGCACUCACGUCAAUGCUCUCAUACCAUGGCGAGGUUCAGUCAGUGCGGUUGGAGAAAGCGCUCACAAAGAAACCUACAGUGACAGCACACAUCCAGUUUGUCGACACCGAGUCCACCACCUACAUCACAUCACGUGGAGCCAACUACUUCUUUAAUGACCAGAAGUUGUCCAUUCACAAUGUAGCACCAGAGAAACAGCAGUCAGAGUCACCUCCUACACCUCCUGUAUCAGAUACUAUCGAGGAGGACGAUGCAUCACUAUCCAAGACCUCCAUCUUCAUUCCCAACCUUGACACCAGAGCUCUAUUAUUUGAUGUGAGAGCGUUCUUUUCAUCUUGCGGACCAAUAGAGGAGCUAUUGUUCAUUCCAGCACCAAAGGAAAGACCUCUAAAGUAUGCCGUUAUCAAGUUCAAGGAUGAGGAGUCUGCAAAGAAGGCAUUGGCACUCAAUGGGGCAGAUUUCUUUGGUUCAGCAUUGAUGGUAAAGAGGUCAAGAUUGCAAAAGCCUCAGAAGGAUAGUACAUCAAAGAGGAAUGAUGUCGCACCAACAUCCCCUACUACCAUUGCCACUGACCCACUGGCGGAGCAGAAGCUUAAGGAGGAUAGGAAACUCCAAAAGCUGGCCACUGUCAACCAAUUCCUAACAUUGUCCGAUCCAGGAACAACGUUGGACUCUGCAUACUUCUACCUCGGUAUAUCCGAUUGGGAUUUGGACAAGGCAAUCCAGAAGUACUUGGAGUUUGGCAAAUCACAACACAAGACAUCCUAUGGCUCAUCCAAUCCAAAGAGUGACGAUCAGUUUGACUUUGUCAACUUGGACUACCUCAAGGAUUACUUUAGGUACACUCUACUGUCGGGUCUGUCAGAGGAAGCAAAGCAGGCCAUCAACUUUGACCGGCUGAUCAAUGACUUCACAAUGAUGUGCAUGCUGCUUGGUAACGACUUUAUACCAAACAUUCCAAUGUUGAAGAUCAAAGAGGGCUCUAUUGAGUUGAUGCUAAACUGGUAUCGACACUGGAUGAGCUCUUCCCUUGCAGAGACUGGUCACUUUGACUACAUCACCAAUGGUCAACAUAUCAACUUUGACUCACUCAGUAAGCUGCUGUCGAUGAUUGCAAAAUGGGAGAGCGUUGAGUUUCCAGAGAAGCUGGAGAAGAUGCACAAGAAGGAGAUCAUCAGGUUAGAGCAAAAGAUGGGACAGGACAGUGAUCACUUUCUCGAGCCUGUCAGAAGGAAUCUCGAUGGAGAGAUCAACUACUACAAACUCAAGAUUGGUGCCACCACUAACCAAUUGGAUCAGACCAUUGAUGAAAUGUGCGCUGCCUACUUGCAAGGUUUGACAUGGGUACUGAGAUACUACGUAGAAGGAUGUCCUGCUUGGGGCUGGUACUAUCCUUACCAUUACGCUCCAUUGGCUACAGAUCUGGCCAAGUAUGUAGCCAAACUAUCGACAACAGAGACCAACUCUCAAUGCAUCAAGCUCGACUAUGGAAAACCAUUGGAGCCAUUUAUCCAUUUGCUCAGCGUACUACCACUACAUAGCUCUAGGUUGCUUCCAAAGUCCAUCGCCUCAAUCAUGGAGUCCUCUCCAAUUGCCAGGCAGUUCGUAGAGAACUUUAGGAUCGACUCUAAUGGCGAGGAUGUCAGUUGGAAGGGUGUGGUACUUUUGGACUUUAUCAACACGGCACAACUGACUGAGCUUUGUGGUCCGAUCAUUGCCACUCAACUGAGUGACAGUGAAAGAGCACGUAACCAGUUUGGACAGGAGCUUUUGGUACACCACGAUCAUACAAACAUCGAUCAAGCAAAGUUUGUAGAGCUGACAAUGCAACAGACAAUGACCAGAACUCCUGGUGAGCAUCGUAUCGAAAUCGAGUCGAUAUACAAGCCACUUGAGAAGAUUGACCUGCUAUGGCCUCACCGUCGCUUCUUCACCCUGGAGCCAACAACACCAGAUAGCUUCCAUGCCUUGCCAACGACACAGCUGAUGUUCAACCCACCCACCUCGACACUGCCAACUGAGGUCGUCAUCUCCAAAGAGCAAGAGCUAUUUUUGGAGUGGCGAGAGAAGCAAUCAGUUGGAACUACAUUGGAGACUUUGAUGAGUUCAUUGGAUAUCAAUAAUUGUUUCACUCUUGGCAUCGAUAGCAAGAUAUCAUCCACACUUAGCCAGGUACUGUCCAAUAUCAUAUCGGUCAACAAGGAGAUACGACUCGUCUCUGAUGACGACCAACAGAUGAUCGUCCACAUCAGCUUCUCGCAGCCCACCAGGCUCAGUGGAAUCAAGUUGAUUUCAACUGUUUCUAAAGAGACAAUGCCAAAGAAUGUGAAGGUCUUCUUUAAUCAGACAGCAAUUGAUUUCAGCAGUGCCAGCAGCAUGAAACCAAACCUAACACUAGAGGUGAAGGAUCAAUCAGAGUGUGGCUUGGUAUCUCCACUGCAAACAAUUGGUGGUGGCAUUCACAACAAGUUAAGUCAGCUUACUAUCUUUGUCGAGUCCAAUCACAGCGGAAUGGAUAACACCAAAACAAUAAUAGAGAAGAUAGUUCUUGUAUGA